AUGUCCCAACCACAACAAAAAGUCAAAUCAUUCUGGCAAUCUUUCAAAUCAUUACCAAGGCGUACACGCAUUUAUCUUGGGUUAGGUGGAAUGGUGUUCGCUUUAGCUGGCGACCAUCUAGCAAAAAUUCUGGAACAAAAGUAUCCAAAUACAAAUCCUUUGAUACCUGAUGACAACAGUAAAACUUUGUCUUCGAAAACACCGGUUGAUGAUUUUAAACGUUCCUAA